CUCGGCCUUGCCGCGACCCAGUUCAUCGUCAUGAGCAAGGGCGUCGCCCAGGACAUGGAACCCUCGCGACCUCGCCAGGAGGGCGCUCGCGGGCAUCGAGAUCUGAUUGGGACGCUACCUUUUUUACCAGCGACGUGGUGCUCAACCUCGGACGGCGUGUUGAGCGGGGGCGGGAGGCGCGUGACGUGGGUUCGUUCGAAUCGCGCCAUUGCUGCGCUCCGCGGUCUGGCCAGGGGGCACUUCAAGGAGCUGAGGGACUGGGAGUCGCACGUCUCCAGAGGCGGUUGGGCCCAGUCCACGUUCUUGCAGAAGGAGAUUGUCCGACGCGUCUGGAACGAGCAGGUCAAGAGGGCUACGGGGGGCUCCGUCGACGAUGGCAGAGCGGUUUUGCGCCGCUAUGGCGAGAAGCUCCCCGUGGGAUAUGGGGGCGGCUCUGCCGCGGAGACGGGAGGGGGCGAGCGACUUCAGAGAGGGGCCUUGCGCCCGCUGCGAGUAUCCGAGGAGCCUGGACGUCUCAUGCUGAAGUCGGAGGCGGAGAUCGACAUGAGGGAGUACCACAAGAUCAAGCCGUACGAGGCCCCCGAGCUCAAGCACGGCAAAACUCGGCUGGAGUUGGCCGUCAAAAUGUGGGAGUCGAACAUGCUGCAGCACGUGGACGAGGUACGGGAGAAGCUCUCGGUCUUCACCGUUGUCAAGAAGGUCGAGGGGACGGGCUCGGACAAGAAGGUCACCUCCAGGUUGGUGUGGGACGCGCGUCGAGUCAACCUGCACUUCCAAACGCCUCCGCGGGUGCCUCUCGGCUCUCCCGCGGCGCUGGCGGAGAUCGACCUGGGCCCCGACGUCUUGGGGGAGAAGCAGUUCCUCACCUUCCCAGGCGACGUGCCCGUGAUGUUCUACAGGCUGAAGAACUUGCCCGAGCUGUACUCCUACUUUGUCUCGGAUGGAGUCGACCCGGCCGAGCUGUGGGAGUUCGCGCGAGGUCGAGGCGUCGACCUUCCGCCUCCGCCCGAGAGUGCCGUGGGC